CUGGACAGAGGAGUGCUGUAUCCUGCUCUGCUCUCCACACAGCCCAAGGAUCUGAAACCCAAGGCCAUGAGGACACCCACUCUACUCAUCGCCCUUCUGGUGGCCCUCCAGACCCAGGCAGAACCUCUCCAAAGAAGAGCUGAGGAGGUUCUAGUCCAGGAGCAGCUGGGAGAGGAUGACCAGGAUAUGUCCAUAUCCUUUGGAGGGGAUGAAAGCAGUGCUCUUCAAGGUGCAGAUGUGAGGUCAGGCUUGACCUGCUAUUGCAGAUUAAGAGGCUGUGGAUUUAGAGAACACCUCAUUGGGUACUGCAGGUACCGGAACGUCAUCUACCGACUCUGCUGCCCCACAUGAUCACUAAGAACAA